GGCGUCCAUUGUACAUUUUGAUGUGUAUUUGAGUCGUAUUUGUUUUUGCUUUUGCCAUCGUUUGAUUUUUUUCUUAAAUAACAAGAGAAAUGGCUACCCCAAGUAAAAAACCAAAAAAAAACGAGACUGAGACGCUAGAAUUUGUAAAUGAGCCGGUGAGCGAAGAAUAUAAAUACGAAUUGAUUCCAGAAUCUUUUGACUAUCGUUUUUUGGGAUCCGACUACUCUCAUGGAAUAAAAGAACUAUUACAGCAGCUGUUUUUAAAAUCUGACAUCGAUCUUGGUCAACUAACAGAUAUGUUAAUUGGACAAAUUGGUAUUGGCUCCUUAAUUAUAAAGGAUCUCAGUGAAGAGUCCAUGGCCGUAUACGAUGAAAAUACUGUUUUUGCUGUAACAAGUGUUCUGAACUUGACAGCAGACAAGGAAAAUUUCUGCAUAAAGCAAUUGUAUUCAUUGUUGGAAAGAUUAACUGCCCAGCAUGCUCGCGAAAAAGAUAAAGAGGCGAUCACAAAGAUAUUACAGCAGAACUAUAAAAUCGGCUUCCUUAUACAUGAGAGACUUGUAAAUAUUCCUAGAGACGUAUCAGUACCAAUGUUCCAUGCUCUGAGGAAUGAUAUUGAUGAAGUGAAGAAGACAAAUGACGCCUAUGACUUUGACUAUCUGAUUAUUAUCAGUAAAACUAUAAGACCAAAAGUGGGUAGAAGACGGCAGAUUUUUACCAAUCAAGAGGAACAACUCUUCUAUAGAAAGGCGAAAUGGACAUUUGACUUUAACGUAGAAGACGAAAGUGAUUUUGUAUUUGCCGAUUGGUUGCCUAAAGAAAAACAGUGGGUUCCUUUUAGACGAGUAACGAUAUUUAAGGCUAGUGUCUUCAGGGACAUUGUUGACACACAAAACAAUGGUAAUGCCUCGCCAUAAUAAUAAUUGAAUCAAACCAAUAUGUUUGAAUUAACUAGUUUUAAGUUACCAUUAUGUUUUAAGUUAGGAUUUUAUUCUUCUGUUUUUUUUUGUUCAAUUUCUUUAGAUUGUAGCUGUUCAAUAUUCCGAGGUUGCACAAUAAGAAUUGUUUCAUUAUUUCUAACAACCUCAGGAAAACUGUUGACACAACUACAAUAUUAGUUUAAUAAAAACAAUACCUUUGGUUGAAAAUUAUUAGUUUUGAGUUUGAAUAGUUACUAUUAUGUUUCAAGUUACGUUAUUUGGAAUUUUACUCUUCUGUUUUUUUUUUUUGCUGAAUUUCUUUGGAUUGUAGAUUUUCAUAAAUCCAAAAAAAAAAUGUUUCUCGAUCUCUAAGAAGUUGAGGAAAAUUAUUUUUACAAUUACAAUAUUGGUUGAAUAAAAGCAAUACGUUUAUCAAUAAACUCAAGUUGUAAACUUGAAUACAAUAGGUACUAUUAAGUUUCAAUAUAGGAUUUAACUUUAUUUUUUUUUCAAUUUCUUUAUUUCUUGUUGUUGUUGUCUGUUCAAUUAUAUGGGUUGGACAAUAAUAAAUAGGUUGUUUCAUUAUCUCUAACAACUUCAGGAAAAAUGUCAAUACAAUUACAAUAUUGUUUGAAUAAAUCCAUUACCUUAGUCUGAAAAUUAUUACUUUUAGGUUUGAAUAGUUAUUAUUAAGUUUCGAGUCACAAAGAAUUAUUAUACUUUUCUGUUUUUAUUAUUAUUAUAUUUUUCUGAUUAUAGUAAGUAGUUAUUUUAUUUUCCUGAGUUGUGCAAUAAAAUAAAACACCAAUAAUAGUCUGUUUUGUUGUGUGACACACUGUAUAGGUAUUAAUAUAAUACCAGUCGC